AUGGCCUUGCAGCCGAUCGCCGCCCCGAGGCGACUUGCCGGCACGUGGGCAAUUCACGCACCACCGCCACCCGCAAUGCAGUGCCGCAGCGGCCUGGGGACUUCCUCAGGCAGGUCUUUGGGCGUCGCAGGCAAGGGUAUCCGGACAUGCGGCAUGCCGUCUGCCACGCAUCCACGCCAGCAAGGAAAACGAUGCGUGGACGUGCGCGCGUACAAGGUCACAUUCGUAGCUGAAGACGGCACCAAGGUCCAAGCAGAAGCAGCGGAUUCGGAAUUCCUCCUGGAGGUCGGCGAGCGCAACAACGUAGAGAUCCCCUCGAGCUGCCGGUCGGGGAUGUGCGGCACGUGCAUCUCCAAGCUGAAGUCGGGAGAGGUGGACAUGAGCGAGGCGAUGGACCUGGAGGGUCAGCUGUCUCCAGAACAGCUGGCGGAGGGCUACAUCCUGGCGUGCAGCUCGAAACCCAAAUCAGACUGCACCGUGGAGUGGAAGCCAUACUAG